AACUCUUUGCUCUACUCAUGCAUAACAUGCCUGCAGAUAGUUUGCAGAAAAACCAUUCUAGUCAAACAAGAUGAAUAAAAUCUCUCACUCUUCUACCCAAUUUAACAGAAUACUACUAUCCAAUUACUUGGGACGUCAUGCUCGUAGCUAUAAACUGUGCAGUACUAAUUAUAAAGAUGAACAGUCAAUAAAUGUUGAUAUACUUUGCAAGCAAGGGAAAUUAAAGGAAGCCAUUGGCAAUUUAUGUAAGAAGAGACAAUUGAGGAGAGCAGUAGACAUUUUAUGCCAAUCUGGCUUUAACCCAGAUGUUACUGUAUAUGCUACACUCUUGCAAGGUUGCAUCGAUUUGAAAUCUUUGAAAGAAGGUAAAAGGGUACACAGCCAUAUAAUUUCAGAGGGAUGUAAGCAAAGGGUUUACCUGUGGAACCGUCUGAUAGAUAUGUACGCCAAAUGUGGUAGUUUGGAUAAUGCAUGCAAAGUGUUUGACAAAAUGCUCGAGAGAGAUAUCUGUUCAUGGAACACAGCUAUAGGUGUGUAUUUAAAGAAUGGAAAGAUUGACUAUGCACGAAAACUGUUUGAUGAAAUUCCUACGCGAGAUGAGUUCUCGUGGUCUACUAUUAUUGCAGGUUAUGUUCAGCACGGGCUCGUGGAGGAGGCCUUGGAUGUGUUUAGACGGAUGCAAGAGAAUGGCGGAGAGUCAAGUAAGUAUACCAUUGCUAGUGUUCUUAGUGCAUGUGCUAGAGUUGUGGCUGGAAAACUUGGUAGCGAGGUUCAUGGUCAUAUUAUCCGAACCGGGGGGGAUUAUGACGUUUUUGUAUGGAGUGGACUUGUUGAUAUGUAUGCAAAAUGUGGAAGAUUGGAUAAAUCAUGCCAGGUGUUUGAGAAAAUGCAUGACAGAGAUGUGGUUUCAUGGACUGUGAUGAUUGGGAGACUUGUUCAGAGUGGGCGGGGUGAGAAGGCUUUGAAUUUGUUUUCUCAAAUGCAAAUGGCGGGGAUGAAGCCUAAUCAGUUUACUUUUGCUAGUUUAUUAAGUGCAUGUGCAAUGCAAUCAGCACUAGAGUUGGGAAAGCAAGCUCAUGGCCAUAUAAUCAGAAGCGAGUUGGAUGAAAGUUCCUUUGUGGAAAGUGCUCUUGUUGAUAUGUAUGCAAAGUGCGGGAAUGUUGAAAGGGCGUGGAAAGUGUUUAAGAAAAUGCCGAAUGCAGACUUGGUGUCAUGGUCUGCUAUGAUUGCCGGAUAUGCCCAGCAUGGGCUUGCCAAGGAAGCACUCGACUUAUUUGAAAAAAUGUUAAGUUCUGGCACAAAACCUGACCAUGUGGUUUUUAUUGGUGUUUUAUGUGCAUGCACUCAUGCAGGUUUAGUGGAUCAAGGGCGACAUUACUUUGAAUCCAUGCGCCAUGACUAUGGGAUUGAACCAGUGGCAGAUCACUAUGUAUGUAUGAUUGACCUUCUUGGCCGUGCUGGACGCCUUGAUGAGGCAGAAGAUUUAUUAAAUAAGAUGCCAUUUGAACCAGAUGUAUUUUUGUGGUCUGCAUUACUUAGUGCCUGUAAAACUCAGGGUAACAUUGAACUAGGUGAACGAGCUGCAGAAAAUCUUUUUAAGUUGGAACCAGAAAAUCCUGCAACUUACAUAACACUUUCACAUAUUUAUGCCACAGCUGGAAGAUGGGAUGAUGCCACAAAAGUGAGAAAAAUGAUGGAAGACAGAGGAGUGAAAAAGAAGCCAGGUCGUAGCUGGAUUGAGGUCAAGGACAAGGUGCAUACAUUUAUGGUAGAAGAUAGACCGCAAUCACAGGCCGAGGUGGUUUAUGCAAUGCUCGAUGAUAGAUUGCCAUAUCGCCAUUUGGCAUUAAGUUCAACUACAAGAUUGCAGCAUGAAAAAUUGUUGCAAGGGAUUCAAGUCACUACCAUCCCUAAAACAAAUUUUGCACUUUACGAUUUUAAAGAUGUAAGAUUUUCACAGUUCAUAGUGAAAUUAAAAGCUCCUGGAUUAAAAUUAGAGAUUGUUAGAAGGGAUUCAAAUCAUUUCCAUCAUUUUAGGGAUGGAUGUUGUUCUUGUGGGGAUUUCUGGUGAUAUUAUGAAAUAAACAAUCAUCUGCAUUCACUUUGUGAUUACAGAUAAGGCUAUGAUGACAAGGAACUGGAUCAAUCAGGUUUGGUAUGCAUAAUGUAUAUUUUUGGAAUUUUACAGGACCUGCAUACAGAAAUUUCUCUGUAAUUAUCUAUCAGCUCAAGAAUUCUUUUAAAGCUUUUAUGCAUGGAGACAGACUAUCAUCACAGGGCAAAGUAUUAAUUUGAAGCAAUUUCAAUUCUUGGGCAUGCCAAAUGUCCCUAAAUUGUUGUUUUUGUUGACCUGGCUCAUGUCCGAAUAGUUUUGCCCUGCACUAUCAUUAGGCUGUUCUACGAAUGUUGAGAAAAUUAUCAAGAUAAUAGAAUUAAAAGUCUACCCUAAAAUCAUAAGUUUCAUUCUUAUUGUAUAGUAUUCAAAGAGCAAAUUAAUAAAAGUGUUUUAACUGUGCAUCCUGGACAGUCUGAUUUAUAAUUUGCUCCCAAAUCCAACAAGAUGUUUCGUAAUAUAGUGUGGAUGAAAAAUUGGAAGAGUGAGCGUUUUAAUUAAACUUCCACCAUAACUGGUGAGAAACAGGUGAUACUCGUUUAUCCUGUGGACCAAAAAUAAAACUUCAUCCUCUUUAUUAUAUCCAUUCUAAAGCAGGGAUGGGAUCAGGAUUUGUAUUCUAUACUCAGACUGAGGGGAUAAUCCUUCCUUGGACACAUACAUUUCAGCAGCACAUAUGAGCAAGUUUCCUUGAUUAUUGCAUAAUCCAAGGUAUACUUUCAAAAAGCUGUACAAAAGACAAAAAAUUCCAUACUUCCCAUUGAAAGAUUUCGUUCGUGUUUCUCCACAUUCUCUCAAAUUUCUAUCCAUUUCCGACAAAUUUGGCUGGGUGUAUCUGCAUAUUUCGUAAAUAAAUUUAUGGUUACUUUCAGUAUCUAACAGGACACACUACAUAUAGACUAAAUAUCUAUCUACCAACUCCAGGUUCCUGUAUCAAAUCCUGCCUGAUGGUAAGGCACAGCUUUGGAGACUUAAUAUUGAUGAAAUAACCUGAUAACGCGUGGCAGGAGUUGACCUGCUUGAAUUAAGUUCCAGAUACUAUUAGCAAUUGUAUAAGGAUCUUGAUCUUAAUGUUUUCCUAAAAUGGAACCUUGCUUGAUUUUACAUAUUUCUCAUAUCUGCUUGAUCUCUAUUUAUUUAGGAUUAGUUUUCAGUAUGUGCUUGUUCCUAAACAUGUUGCCAAAACUUUAGGCGGCUUCAAAUGUAUAGAAUACUUUUUCUUAUCGGUGCAUAGUUUCAAACUUCCAAAGCACUGUGUAGUGUUUUGGUUUCUAUUGCACAUCACAACAUUCAUUUUAAAUGUCUUUAGAUGCCCUGAACUUGUUUUUGUGCUCCUUCACAGAAGUACCAUAUUAGUAUAGUUUUCUGUUUGCUCGAACUCUAUUAACAACAGAGAAUUUAACAGAUAUGCAAGGAUCACAUAAAGUAGGUGAUUUACUCUGCAUUUGAUAGAAACUGGAUUAAGGAAAAAGAAAGAAUAGAAAACCACUUUUCAAAUCCUUGGGACACAAUGUCAAUUGAAACCCACAGAAAUUGCGCACAACGGCAUACAAACACGAUAUAUUUUCACUUACAAACCACAAACCACUGUAGAUUUCGCUGGAAAGGUACAAAGUAUUUCGUUGAUGAAAAAUGUUUGUUACUUUUCUGGUUUCAUUCCAUUUUCAAUAACAGUAAAAAUAACUGUAUUAAAAGUCCGAGCCCUCUUCUAGGGCAGAGAUGAGAAUGAUCCUUCUAAAUUGAAAAUUCCCAAAAACGUGGCGGGAAAAUUUAACAGGUGACAUUCAAUGAAGUAUCUAUUAUGCAAAUAAUUGAAAAGUUAUGGAAAAUCAUUAUUUAAAAACAUAUGAAGAGUCUUCGAUCCGACGAACGUGGGAUUAAUGAUAUACCUUUGUUUUACUCCCAAUUCACUGGCUGCGGGUACCGUUCUUCUGCAAUCUCUGCAAUCUUCUUGGCAGCACAAGCUGCAGUAUUUGGCAAUGACCAGAGUAGAAAACUCGAGUUUGUACAGAGGCAUGCUCUGUUGGAAGGUUGGCAAGAACGACGCUUUAGUAUGCUGAUGCAGCUGUUUAAGAGUUUCGACUGGAGUAUUCAGGCGGAAUCUCCCAUUUAUUAUUGGUUUUAUUUUGAGGAGUUCAAGAGCGUGUUUAGAAUGGCUCCCAUUGCAGUUGGCCAUAGCAUUUCAGAUAAAACAUUUGGCAUAUGCAGAAGGCAACCUUCAGCGUCUGCGUCUGUGCAUUGUCUCACUGCAGUUUAAAUCUUGAGUUGGUUUCAUGGCAAAGAAUUUGUAUUCUUGAAAAAUUGUUGUUUUUGGAACACUGUUAAGUAUCUUCUGCAUAGUAUGACUUGAUAUUGUGAUUUAUUCUUUUGUAUUUGUCAGAUGCCUUCACCUUCUUCCACACUUGCACUGAGAUUUGUCAGAUGCUUUCACCUUCUCCCACACUACA